UAAACUCUAUUGCCCGAAUAUUACGUAAAGCGAGGAAAGAAAAAUUACAAUUAGUGCAAAAGAAAAACAAAAAUGUUAAAAGUAGCGACAACCUUAAAAUUAGUUUCUAAUCAGGGUAAUCAAAUAAGAUGUUUGGCGACGGCUGCUGCGUAUAAACAGGCUCUUGUCAAUGUUCCUCCAACUCGAUUGACAGUGCUUGAUAAUGGUCUUCGGGUCGCUUCAGAAGAUUCUGGCGCUCCGACCGCUACCGUGGGCCUGUGGAUUGACGCCGGAUCCAGGUAUGAAACGGCUAAGAACAAUGGGGUAGCACACUUCCUUGAACACAUGGCUUUCAAAGGCACCAGCAAAAGGUCUCAGACCGAUUUAGAACUGCUCGUUGAAAACAUGGGAGCUCAUUUAAACGCAUAUACCUCUAGGGAACAGACCGUAUUCUAUGCCAAGUGUCUAGCCAACGAUGUGCCUACCGCAGUCGAAAUCCUCGCCGACAUCAUCCAGAACUCAUCACUCGCUGAACCUGAAAUCGAACGAGAACGAGGAGUGAUCCUACGUGAAAUGCAGGACGUCGAGAGCAAUCUCCAAGAAGUUGUUUUUGACCAUUUACAUGCAACUGCCUUCCAGGGUACUCCCCUAGGCCAGACAAUCCUUGGACCUACUAAGAAUAUUAAGAAAAUUUCUAAGGCUGACCUUCAGACAUACAUCAAGGCUCACUACCAACCUGGUCGCAUUGUAUUGUCUGGAGCAGGUGGUGUUGAGCAUCAGAAACUUGUAGACCUUGCAAAUAAGCACUUCAGUGGCCUUAAAAAUACAGUUUCAGAAGCGAUAGACUUAUCACCUUGCCGUUAUACAGGCUCUGAGAUUCGUGUCCGUGAUGAUUCUAUGCCUCUAGCACAUAUUGCCAUUGCAGUUGAAGGUGCUGGCUGGACCGAUGCUGACAACAUUCCUCUUAUGGUAGCAAAUACCCUUGUUGGUGCGUGGGAUCGGUCUCAGGGAGGUGGUGGCAACAAUGCUUCUUAUCUUGCCCGAGCUGCUUCUAUUGAGGGUUUGUGUCACAGCUUCCAAUCAUUCAAUACUUGUUACAAGGAUACUGGUCUUUGGGGCAUUUACUUUGUAUCUGAGCCAUUACAGAUAGAAGAUAUGGUAUACAAUAUUCAGAAAGAAUGGAUGAAAAUUUGCACAUCUGUAACUGAAAGUGAGGUUGACCGUGCUAAGAACCUCCUAAAAACAAAUAUGCUCCUACAACUUGAUGGUACUACACCCAUCUGUGAAGAUAUUGGUCGCCAAAUGCUGUGCUAUAACCGUAGAAUUCCCAUCCAUGAGCUGGAUGCUCGUAUUGAAUCCGUUACGGCACAAAAUGUUCGUGAUGUAUGCUACAAAUACCUGUUUGACCGAUGCCCUGUAGUUGCUGCAGUUGGACCUUGUGAAGGUCUCCCAGAUUACACUAGAAUCCGUGGUGGCAUGUACUGGUUGAGAGCAUAAACAAACAAGUAGUUAUUUUUAGAAACUUUAUUUAAAUCAGUUAAGAUCGAAAACAUUAAACUUAUUAACCAAUUUCUGUUGUUUUAUUGAAAUAAAACACGAAUGUCUUUGGUGGGAUUUGUAU